AUGUUUGUUCGACAUCCAUUUGAACGCCUAGCAUCGGCUUAUAAGGAGAGAAUUGCAACACUUGAAAAAGAUAGAAUUCAACCAGAACCUUAUUACGAUGAUAUUCGCAAAUUUAUCUGUCAACGAUAUACACACCCUAAUUGGGUUAGAAGUCUAUUGAAAAAAGUUCAUCCAUGUGAAAACUUUAUUCCUCCAUUCAAACAUUUUGUUGAAUUUAUUCUCACGAAUACUGAAACAUCUUUCGGAAUAGCUCGAAUGGACGGUCAUUGGCAGCCAUACACAGUAGUUUGUCAAGUGUGUAAAUUUAAAUAUAAUUUUAUUGGUAAAUAUGAAACAUUCAACCAUGAUUUUAAUUCCUUACUUAAACGUCUCAAUGUAUCUGAUUGGAAUAAUGAAAAGCGACGCGGUGCAUCAGGUCAUAAUACAUGGGAUUAUCAACAAUUGUUUUCAUCCUUACCAGAUAAUCUUAUUUGUCGACUCAAGCGUCUCUAUAAUGAUGAUUUCCAAUUAUUUAACUAUCGAAUAGAAGAUUAUGUGAAUCGAACAACGUUAACUUGCUGA